AUGGCUCCUGACACCGACCCGGACGGCGCGUCGUCCUCCCGCGAUGCCCCGAGAAGUGAGGCCGAGGGCGACGGUGUGUGGACAGAGGCAUCUUCUUCUCCGAUCCCCUUCGAAGGAACUGGGCCCGGGCCUCCAAUGCAAGCAGGCAUGAGAGUCACGCCCUCCGAGUUAGAGUCACGCCCAGGCGAGCUCGAAUGUGUUUGGACACCGGAUGUCGAGGAAGCUUUCCAGGAGGCGGUGCGCCUCUAUCCUAUUCGCGGCCAACGGAGAAGCAUGGUCGAUGAGGGAGGCAAGAGGUACGGUCGCAACGAGCUCAUUGCACGGCAUAUCAAAUAUCGCACCGGGAAGAUACGUACCCGGAAGCAGGUUUCGAGUCACGUCCAGGUGCUCGCUCGUCGGGAAACCCGUGAAAAUCGAGUAAGGUCGGAGGCCCUUCGAGCGAUUAUUGCAGAAUCCGCGCCAAGCAAGCCAAAGGCUGCCAGGUUGGAAGCCACGACGAGUCUUGAGCCCGGAUUAACCGGUGUAGUCGCGGACGCAAACGCUUCCACGUCGAAGCGAGACCCGAUCGGUGAGUUGCUCAGCUCGGACGCGAACCCAUCGCAAGCCAAAUCGGAGCUUCCCGACGCUCCGGAAAAGGAAUUGAGCGCACCAUCUGCAAGCAUAACUCGCGCGUCUCCUCCUUAUUACGAGUACUCGACAAGGAUAUCGAGUACGAGUCUCGAGCUGAAUAGAUUUUCAAUGUACGUUUUGUAUCAAGCGACGAACAGAACCGGGGAGGGUGAUGGAGUUGGGGAAAGCUCAAGCUGCCUCACGACGAAGUGUCAUCUGUUCUCUAAUAUAAAACCAUCCGUUCACGACGCGAGUUGGCCCUUGGAAGCCAUCCAAGUCCGUGAAGUGUCUGACAAAUUCCCUGGGGGCGAAGAAGGACUCGAAGAUUUGUAUUACAGCGGUCCGCCGGACGCGUUCUUCGUGAUAAAGUGCUGGAUGGACCUGAACACCGGUAACAUCCCGGCCGAUCGCGCUUGCUACCGAGUGGCGAGCAUAUUCAAAUCGCCGUUCCGCGACACUAUCAUGUGUUCUACGAGAGUAUGCUCAUUCGGACAGGUGGUGGUGGACAGACUGCAGGCCGUGAAUCCUUCCCUAAGCAAGGACUCGCUCCACUAUACUUACACCGUCCGCUCGACGAUGAGCGAGUGUGUCAUCAAUUUCAUCGAGAGACUCAGACGCUUACCGGACAAGGACAGGAUGGAUUCAGUGCUGGAAAAUUUUACAGUUCUGCAAGUGAUUUCCAAGGAAUUUCCGAGAAAAACCCUACUAUGUAUGGCAUACAUGUUUGAGGUCUCCCGGUCUGUACACGGGUCUCGCCAUCGUAUAUAUCGUCUCUCGACGUGGUAG